GGCGCCCGGAACCGGACGGGGCUUUCCCUCGCGGGGUGGUGGCGGGAGAGCGGCGAGGCUGCUUGUGUGUCUCCUGUACCUCGUAUAUAUCUCACGUACCUUAUAUAUAUAUCAUCUAUAUCUCGUAUAUCUUGCGUAUCUCGCGUAUCUUUGAAUUUCGGGAACAAGGCGUGCUGUCCACACCGACCACUGCUAAUGUUACUAGUGCCAUCACCGCGGCUGUUUCUGUGCUGGGCUCGAUCUUAGCUAAAAGCCCAAAAUGUUCCAAACUCUGAUUGGGAAAAGAAGGUAACCGAAUACUUCAAGGAAAAAUUAAAAGAAAAUAACGCCACUAAUUGGGUUCCAUCACUGAAUGAUGUUCCUGUACAUUACCUAAAACCCAACAGUUUGGUGAAAUUUCGCUGCAUGGUUCAAGAUAUGUUUGAUCCUGAGUUUUACAUGGGAGUGUAUGAGACAGUUGACCCAAACACAAAUGCACGUGUUUUGCAUUUUGGCAAAUACAGAGAUGUGGCAGAAUGUGGGCCUCAGCAGGAGAUUGAUUUGAACUCCUCACAAACAGUCACCUCGGAGAGACAGACUCUCUACUGCGUUCCAGUGCCUGGGGAAUCUGCAUGGGUGAAAGAAGCCUAUAUCAGUGCCAGCCAAGCCCGAGUUAGUCCUUCAACUUCCUACACCCCGAGUCGCCACAAGAGGAGCUACGAGGAAGAUGAGGACAUGGAUCUGCAUCCCUCCAAACAGAAGGAGCAGCAUAUGGGCAGUGGAGGUGAUAUCCAUGGAUGUGUGGAGCCAAAGAGAUUAGAAACAGAAGCUCCUGCAGGUCAUCAUCUCAUUUCUCCCAACUGCUCCCCUCCACUUGACCUCAAUUUUCCAUUGCCAGGAGAGAAGGGACCAGCAUGUCUUGUCAAGGUCUAUGAGAGCUGGGAGAGCUUCAAAGUCAACGAUGUGCUGGAGGUUUAUGGUGUUUUAUCCGUGGAUCCAGUGCUGAGCUUAGUAAACAGUGAGGAGAGGGACAGCUCAACCCUUGAUCCUAUGGAAUGUAUGGACACAGCAGAGGAACAGAGAGUGCACAGCCCUCCUGCCUCAUUAGUGCCCAGAAUCCACGUGAUUUUGGCACAGAAGCUGCAACACAUUAACCCACUGCUGCCUGCCUGCCUUAAGGAAGAGGAGAGUAAAACCUUUGUUUCUAAUUUUAUGUCUGAGCUGUCCCCAGUGAGAGCAGAGUUGCUGGGGUUCCUCACCCAUGCCCUCUUGGGAGACAGUUUGGCUGCUGAAUACCUGAUACUGCAUCUCAUCUCUACAGUUUAUGCAAGACGAGAUGUGCUUCCUCUGGGAAAAUUCACGGUCAACUUGAGCGGCUGUCCCAGGAACAGCAUCUUCACCGAGCACAUCUACCGCAUCAUCCAGCAGCUGGUGCCAGCAUCCCACCGGCUGCAGAUGACCAUCGAGAACAUGAACCACUCGCGCUUCAUCCCGCACAAGGACUACGCCGCCAACCGCCUGGUCACUGGGGUGCUGCAGCUGGCCAGCAACACCUCCCUGGUGGUGGAUGAGACCCAGCUGGAGCAAGGACAGCUCGACACAACAGGUAGACACUUUUUCUGGGUUUUCAGAUCUCACCUGGAAGGUUAAAAGUGGAUGUGUUUU